GGGUUUUGAUAUGUAUUGUUGAAAAGCUUUUAUUGCUCAAUAUUCAUUUUUAAUGGUAAUGCUUAGAAGCUUUUUGGAAAAUGGCCUUUGUGUACAGCUGUUGUUUCUGGUUUUCACUUCGCUUGGGAGGAAUUUUAAUCGCAAUAUAUUCAAUAGUGCAGGCGUUGGUUGUGCUGAUCGCAUUGUGUUGGGGGUACACACAUUCUGAUAAAUGUAUCACUAUGAUAACCGAGUUUACAGAUGACAUGGUACUUAUUUAUACCAAGGAAUAUGUGGAGGAUUUUAAAGCGGAACCUGAAAGAUAUUUUAAAUCGAGCAUCGGAACUACGUCCAUUUAUAUUAUUAUAUGCUUUAUAUUCAUAUAUGGAGCUUAUACGUGUAGCAACAUGCUUAUGGUUCCAUACAUAUUGAUUGAGCUGGUGCGUCUAAUCAUGCUGUCGAUAGCAGUGUCCACCGCGCUCUUGGUUCUUAAACAAAACUCAAUGGACAUAGGCUUGCUCAUUGGAGCCAGCGUGGCAGCGGGGUUUUAUCUUUUGGGACACUUCUACUUAUGGGUGUGCACGGCUAAUCUGCCCAUACUUGUAAAUGAGGUAGACCAUGAUGAACAAGCAGCGACUAUCGAGAGACUGCAACGACUGCUGCGUGCAAACAAUCAGAACACCAAUAUGGAUAACAUACCUUUAGCCACAGACUACGGGAAUGCCCAAAGUGAUGUUUUUGUCGUACCAGAAAAUGCUAAAGCCGAUUUUGAUAACAUGCGAAGCCGUGUUAAGGUAUAUAAAAACACUUAUUUCACACAGCGCUAAUUCCCGUAGGUACUUAAACAUAACGAGUACCUAUGUCAGACGGAAUAUGUGGAAGGCUGGAACAUCGAGGAAAACCUAUAUUCCUAUUACAGUAUCUAAUAUAAUAUUAUAUUGUCUUCGUAUAAGAAUAUAAUAAUUUAAAAAUAUAUAUUAUCAUUACUGAUAUUAUUAUUAU